CGUAUUUAAUAUGAGUUUAUUGGACCUCAUGUAUCCCAGAAAGUCGCUCUGGUUUCUUAUCUGUGCUAUAUCCGUUCAAUCUCAUCUAGUGCCGCCGGAGGAAACGGAAGGACACGAUCAGCUAAAGAAGUGGUGCGAGUAUGCAUACUCAUGCUUCCACGACAAGGUGUAUGUGUGCGGACGCGGUGCCAUGCAGACGCGCACUUUUCUGGACGUCUGCGACAUGUACGAGUACUCCUGCGAGACCAACCAGAUUUACAUUAAGAUUAAGGAGACAGACUCUGAACCACGGUGUCCUGACCCAGGGCGAUUGGGCUGAGAUAAAGAAAACGAGUUUUAAUUAUCAUUAAAAAUGUUUUAUGACACGCAAAUAUUUU